UUAAAAAAUUCCUUUCAGCACCAGCCCACCCUACUGCUGUGUGGAUCUGUAUUCCCUGAGAACAGGAGAGAUGGUCAAGUCCAUCCAGUUCAAAACUCCCAUCUAUGACCUGCAUUGCAAUAAAAGGAUUCUUGUCGUGGUCCUGCAGGAGAAAAUCGCCGCCUUUGACAGYUGCACUUUCACCAAAAAGUUCUUCGUUACCAGCUGUUAUCCUUGUCCAGGGCCAAACAUGAAUCCCAUUGCUCUUGGAAGCCGUUGGCUUGCCUAUGCAGAAAAUAAGCUGAUCCGAUGCCAUCAAUCCCGUGGUGGAGCCUGUGGAGACAACAUUCAGUCUUACACUGCCACAGUCAUUAGUGCUGCCAAAACAAUAAAGACUGGACUGACAAUGGUGGGGAAGGUGGUCACACAACUCACAGGAACGCUGCCAUCAGGAGCUACUGAAGAGGAAAUUCUGGCUCACAGCAACCUCCGCCGGAGUCCCCUGGUGCCUGGGAUUGUCACCAUCAUCGACACCGAGACCGUGGCAGAGGGACAGGUGUUGGUGAGCGAGGAUUCGGACAGCGAUGGCAUCGUGGCCCAUUUCCCUGCCCAUGAGAARCCCAUCUGCUGCAUGGCUUUCAACCCCAGUGGGAUGUUGCUGGUCACCACCGACACGUUAGGCCAYGAUUUCCACGUUUUCCAAAUCCUGACCCAUCCUUGGUCAUCCUCACAAAGUGCCGUCCAUCAUUUGUACACACUUCACAGGGGAGAGACCGAAGCCAAAGUCCAGGACAUCUCRUUCAGCCACGACUGCCGCUGGGUGGUGGUGAGCACUCUGAGAGGCACAUCCCACGUUUUCCCCAUCAAUCCAUACGGGGGCCAGCCCUGUGUCAGGACACACAUGUCCCCCCGUGUUGUCAACCGCAUGAGCCGCUUCCAGAAGAGCGCGGGGCUGGAGGAGAUCGAGCAGGAGCUGAGCUCCAAACAGGGUGGACGCUGCAGCCCCGUGCCCGGCCUGUCCAGCAGCCCCUCUGGCUCUCCUCUCCAUGGUAAAUUGAACAGCCAAGACACUUACAAUAACUUCACAAACAACAAUCCCGGCAAUCCUCGGCUCCUGCCUCUCCCAAGCCUGACUGUGGUGUUGCCUCUUGCUCAAAUCAAGCAGCCAAUGACAUUAGGGACCAUCACCAAACGCACAGGCAAAUCCAAACCAGCUCCACAGAUUUCACCCAGUAAGUCUGUGGGAGGGGAGUUUUGUGUCGCUGCAGUCUUUGGAUCUUCAAGGUCAUGGUUUGCAAACAAUUCCGGUCUCAAACGAGAAAAAGAUCAGUCGAAGCAGUUUGUGGUGGAGUCGUUGUACAUCAUCAGCUGCUACGGGAGCCUGGUGGAGCACGUCCUGGAGCCGCGGCCGCUCAGCACCGCGCCCAAGAUCAGUGAUGACACCCCUCUGGAGAUGGUCACCUGCCCCAGGGCCAGCUGGACUUUGGUUAGAACUCCUCAGUGGAAUGAGCUCCAACCACCAUUUAAUGCAAACCAUCCACUGCUCCUGGCUGCAGAUGCUGUGCAGUACUACCARUAUCUUCUGGCUGGCUUGGUGCCACCGGGGAGCCCUGGGCCCAUCACCCGGCACGAGUCCUACGACAGCUUGGCCUCGGACCACAGCGGGCAGGAGGAUGAGGAGUGGCUGUCACAGGUGGAAAUCGUGACUCACACUGGGCCCCAUCGCCGCCUGUGGAUGGGUCCCCAGUUCCAGUUCAAAACCAUCCAUCCCUCUGGCCAAACCACCGUCAUCUCCUCCAGCUCCUCUGUGCUGCAGUCACACGGGCCCAGCGACACCCCRCAGCCCCUCCUGGACUUUGACACAGAUGAUCUCGAUCUCAACAGCCUCAGGAUCCAGCCGGUGCGCUCGGAGCCCGUCAGCAUGCCGGGCUCACCGCGGCCCGUGGCCGACCGCCGGGGMGUCUCCACGGUCAUCGAUGCUACUUCAGGUGCCUUCGACCGGAGCGUGACCUUGCUGGAGGUGUGUGGGAGCUGGCCCGAGAACUUCGGUCUGCGCCACAUGUCCUCCAUGGAGCCCAGCGAGGAGGGGCUGCGCGAGCGCCUGGCCGACGCCAUGUGCGAAUCCCCCAGCAGGGACAUGGUGGGAUCAGGAACAGACACAGCCGGUGAAGUAGCAGUAAAAAACAUCACCCCAAAGAGGCACAUGGCUUUGAAAUGUUUUGAGCUUCAGCGAGAGGGAAGCAUAGAGACGCUGAGUAACAGCUCCGGUUCCACCAGCGGCAGCAUCCCCCGCAACUUCGACGGCUACCGCUCGCCCCUCCCGACCAACGAGAACCAGCCCCUGAGCCUGUUCCCCACGGGAUUCCCCUGAGCCAGCCCAUGCUGGGGACACCCAGACAGGGUAACGAGCCGCCCUCUGCCCCAGCGAUCCCGCUGUGUCUGUCACCUGCCAGCCCCGGCACGGGAUGGUUCUCGUUACCCUGAUGAAUAUUGACGACUCUUGAACCUUGGUGGAAUCUUGGCUCUGUGUUCCUGUGCAAUAUAAAGAGGCUCCCUCUUCAAUCCUGAUAGCUCUGCAGCUUCUUUUCUCGCUGUCUUCAGGAAGAGGUUGGGUGAGGAGAAAUAUUCCUAAGCCAUCUUGGGUCAAGCACAUGGUUUCACAACCGUUCUCUGCUUUUUUCUGUGCUGAGAGACAAAUCUGCGYAACUCGGAGGAGCUCUCACCGUUGGUGAAAGCGCCGAGCAUUAAUGGAUGAACUGGAGAGACUGGAAACUGGAGGACUUUCUGUGGACAGGGUGAUGAUGUUAUUCCUUCCUCGUCGCGUCUCCUUGCUGCCCUUCUUCCCCUCUGAUACUCAUCAAUACCAGGAGUAUUACAAAUGGAAAUGUUUCUUUUUGUUCUUUGGAAGAAUUCUCUCUAUCUCUCUCUUUGCUCCGGUUUUCUUCUAGUCAUGUAUUUUAGAAACGUACUUAAUUGACUAACUGCAGUCACRGAUUUCUCAUCUUUGGUUAUAAAAGUUGUUCAUUGGAACUCAGAUAUCUGUCCAGAAAUGCAUGUGUCAUUGAAUAAAUCUAAGUUAAACAAGAAAAUGCUUAAAUGGCGAUGUUCAYGGAGUGUUACUGGGUUGACUGUGGGCUUUGUGUAUCUCCCUGGACCAGACUCUGUGCAUAUUUACUGACUUGAGGGCUUUAAUUAAAGCCAUCAGGGGCUGUUUUACAGCCAGUCUAGCAUGGCUUUGCCUCCCCUCCUCCUUGUCCCCGUGUGCACAGACAGGAUUUUUGAAAACAAGGUGUUCAGGUGGUGUGCCUUGCACCCUCUGGGCACUACUCAAAACCAGCUCCCUGCUUUGGCUGGGGCCCUGCUCCUUCAUCCCCCUGAUUUCAGUGGGAUAAGGACCAGGUGCUGGAAGCAGAGGCCCCCAWUUCCACCCAUCCUGUUGUAGGA